AUGAGUAGCCAAGGAAGAGGUAGAGGUCGAGGUUGUGGUAGAGGUCGAUGUCUUGAGCAAGGUUGCGCAGAACCGCAAGUGAGGGUUGUAGAGGAUCCCAGGGUAGAUGGGAUUUUGAGGGCACUCGAGGAAGCGGGAAUACCGAUGGGUAGGCAGACCCAGGAGAGAAAUGCCACUGUUGCCGCUGCUGUUGAGGCCGCUGUUGCUACUGCCAAUGGGACCAAUGGGAAUAACGGGAAUAAUGGGAAUCCAACUCUGGGACCGGCAAAUGUGAUCAGACCCAUGUCUAAGUUGGUCGAACAGUUCUUGAAGUUAAAACCGCCGAAGUUCAACGGAAAGGGUGACCCCGAGGCUGCACCGCGUUGGGUCGAAGAAUUAGAGAAAGCCUUCGAAGUCUUGAGGUGCAUCGAGACUGAAAGGGUGACUUUGGCUGUAUACCAACUGCAGGAUAAUGCAAAUGACUGGUGGAAGGUCACCAAGGGCAAAGUAUUUCCUGAGGGGACUGCCCAGACUUGGGCUAUGUUUACCAAGAAUUUUUAUGGAAAAUAUUUCUCGGAGAGUGCCCAGGAAAGGAAACUGGCGAAAUUUAUGAGACUUCGCCAAGGAUCAAUGACUGUGGAUCAAUAUGAAGCGGAGUUCGCUAGAUUGUCGAAGUUUGCACCUAGGAUGGUGGAGAACCCGCAGGAUAAGGUUCGGAGAUUUCGGGACGGAUUGAAGCCGAAUCUUCGAAGCCAGAUGAUUUCUUUGAAUAUUCGGGAUUACGGGGAGAUGUAUGAACGGGCUCAAGCCAUAGAACGAGAUCAGUUGGAAAGGGUAGCCGCUUCUGGGUCGCGAUUUGCCUAG